AUGCUGCGCAAACGAGUCAUCGCCCUCUUAACCUUGCUCCUAGGAAGAGGUAUUCUUGCUGAUCGGCCCAAUGACCAGUCUAUCUGCGACUACUACGCCAGUCAACGUUAUGGUGCGAGUAAUAGCACGACGCAGCUGCGUCUAAUGCAGGGCAUCGUUGCCUAUGCCUACGCCGGUGGCAAUACGCUCCCAAACCCGGCAACAAACAGUACAGGAAUUUUCAACCCCGGACAGUUUAACGGCUACAAUGUGUACCUACGGCCGUGGUUUGACGGAUCAAAGGCAACGACGAACCUGAAUAACCAAGCCGUUGGGGUCGACUGGCUUGACGGCGGCGGCACUGAACCGCUCAUUGCCUUCUUGAACGGCUCUACCAAGUCUGCGGACAUUAAAAACGGAACAAAUCAAUACUGCAGCCAAUACAAGACCUUUCUCGACUCGAGCUUCACUCCCCUUACCCCAGCCUACGUCCACAGAUUCAUGGACCUGAACCAGACCGAGGUCGGCUACUUUAUCGAGCAGCUCAUCGCCGCCAGCAAGUACUACGGCUUCUCCGACACGGACGCCGCGACGCUGUCCACCUUCAUGAACGCGAGGUACAACAUCCGCUGCGCGCCCCCGGCCAACGGCGAGCUCUACUCCAUCUGCCUCGCAAACGAAUGCCCCCUCGCCGCGCCCGACGCCAACUGCGACGUGUACAACAACAUCCAGCCGUACGGCCUCUCCAACGCAACCACCCAGAGCAGCACCCCGACGCCGGUGCUGCCCACAACGUCGACGGCCUCGUCCCCCUCGUCCACUGCGGCGCCUACUGCUCCCGCUGGCGGGUCUUCCAGUCUAUCGGGGGGUGCUAUAGCGGGCAUUGCUAUUGGCGCCGCGGCCGCUUCCCUCCUCACGGCUGGCAUGUGGCUGUUCUUCCGGCGUAAGAGACGGGCCAAGGCUGAGACGCCGCUCACGGCCGAGGUGUCGGAUGCCAGGUCCUCGUCGGGGUUCGUGCCGCAGUCGGCGUACGGCGCGAAUCGGCACGGCAGCUACUCUAGUCAUAGUCCGUAUGUGUUUGCCGCGUCUACGACGGACAGUCACCCGCCUACUGCGGUGGAAUGGGCGCCGCCGCAGGAGCUGGAUGCGGAAAACCCGCCCCGGGUUCCGAUGUAUUACACCAAAUAUGCACAAUGA